AUGAGCAGCAGCCCUGUUCUCAGCAACAACGAGACGAAAUCCGAACUGUUUGGAGAUUUGUGGAGCAGGCUCGGAGAAUGCCACCGAAAUACGGUUCAAGAUCUGGAAGCCAAAGUGACUAAGCUGAAAAAGGAGCGAUGUUUGGAUGCUCAGAGACUGGAGGUGUUUUUUACUCGAAAUCAGCAGCUGAAAGAGCAAAACAAAACCUUACAGGACACAGUUGAUGGUCUAGAAGAAAGGCUUCGGGAUCAACAGUGCGAGAAAUGCAUAAUUUUAGAAGACGACCUGAAAAAAAAACAAGAAGAAUAUACUGCCCUCACUGAAAAACUUAAGCAAGAAAUACAAGCUCUCAAGAAUGACAUAAUUAUGCUUAAUGCAGAAAUAGAAAGACAAAAGAUAGCUAGUUCAAAUCAUCAGAGGUCUUCUUCCCCGGAGCCGGAGGACUGCUUCAUCCCAGACUCUCCUGUCAUGUCCAGUUCACUCCCAGCUGCAAAUAAACUCAAAAAACGUAAACGUUUAGAAAAAUCAAAGUGGCUUCGCUACGCAGAGAAGCCGCUACAAACCGCUCACUCCUCGCUGUUCAUAGAAGCUGAGAAAGAACCAGAGACCUUCCCAAACCCAGUGCUGGUGCCAAACACGUGUGCUCUAGAGGCUUCUCAAAUGGAUGGAGAUUUAAACUUCGAGGAUGAUGUGGUAGCUGAGACGUGUCGCCUUGAUCUUGUUCCUUCUCGCUUUAAAAAGGAAAAGCCAAAAAACCAACAACUCGGUACUCACACAUCGUCUUUUAAGUCUAAAUAUAAAACCAUAUCUUGUAUCGCAGCAAAGUUGCACCCAAUGAACCGCAGUCCAGACUCCACUACAGACAGCUCUCCAUCAUUACUCCCACAAAACAAGCGCUUUUCCAAUGACUCUCUUGUCGACAGCAACUAUCCUAAAAGGAAGAAAGAGAAGAGUGAAAAGAGAGAAAUACUUGAAAUUCCCCAAAAUGUGCAAAGCAAAGUGACACCAAAGCUAGAACAGCACUCUCUUCAAAAUUAUCAUUUAAAAACUGACGGCAAGAGCCAGGCCAUUGAAGAUGAAACUCUAAUCGAAAGAACAAACACAGCUUCUUUGAGUCUGGUUUUUAAAAAGCCAAAUUCAAAAGUGAAACAUCUGACGCAAAAAGACACUAAGAAUCAAACUCCACUCAAGAAUAAGAGCAACCCACCUUCUGAAGCUGAUGGUGACAAUUCUCCAAGAGAAUUGAAAGUUGAACCAAUGUGGAGUAUUGACCCAGCACUUGCUCUUGACAUGUAUGAGAGUGAGCAAGGCAUUGAUAAGGAAAAAGCAGAAAUGCCUCAUGCAGCAGAAUAUGUGGACUCCGAUUGCACUUGUAUCAGACAAAGCCUCCUUCCUGGUCGGCCAGAACAUGGACCAGACAAGAGUGGCAGAUCUGGUGUAAAGGCGAAUGACAGCUUGGACCGACUCUUCGACACCAGCGCCUGUGAAGAUUACAAGUCAUGCACCACGUUACCCAUAGGCGAGGAGGAGGAGGAAGAAGAAGAAGAGGAGGAGGAGGAGGAAGAGGAGGCUGUUGAUGAGGAUCAUGCUGAAAAUCAUACAAAUAGAAGAAAACAAGGAGAGCCUGCCUUUGCGCAUGUGGUUGUGAUUCGCAAGAAAGAUGAGAGAAGAAAGCUGAAAGGAACAACCUGCAAGGAGUGUGAAAUUUAUUACGCACAUCUUCCAGAAGAGGAGAGGAAGAAGAAGCUGUCAAACUGCUCCAGACACCGGUUUCUCUACAUCCCUCCCUGCACUCCAGAGAACUUCUGGGAGGUGGGGUUUCCAUCCACACAGACUUGUAUAGAAAGAGGUUACAUCAAAGAGGACAAGAACCCGCUGUCGCGCUCACGAAGGAGGCAGCCUUUCAAUGCUUUAUUUUCCCCACAAGGUAAAAAGAAGGAAAAAUAA